ACUGCGAUUGGUCACACUAUGCCGGCUUUCUGAAAGUUUGCGGCGUUGGAGUUGUUUUUAAUUUACAAAUUGCCGAAUAAUAUGCAAAAUGUAUCCCGUGAGCUCACAGAAGAGGUCCUGGACAUUCGCCAACGAGGGUCAGCUGAUGGACUUCCGCGUGGAGCAGAACAACAAGUACAUCGAGAGCCAUGAGGAGGAGGCACAGGGCCGCGACCUCGAGGAGCACUUCCUCACCCCGACGGAGGAGCGCCUGUUGCUGAAGCAGUACGAGAUUUACCUCUUCGACUUCUGCCGUCGCUUCGAUCCUCCGAUGCCCAAGUGCGUGGUGGGCACGGCCUUCCACUACUUCAAACGAUUCUACCUGAACAACACGCUGGACUAUCAUCCCAAGGAGAUUCUAGCCACAUGUGUGUUUGUCGCCUGCAAAGUGGAGGAGUUCAACGUAUCUAUCAACCAAUUCGUCAACAACAUCAAGGGCGAUAGGAACAAGGCCACGGACAUAGUGCUGUCAAAUGAACUACUCCUGAUUGGUCAGCUCAACUAUUACCUCACCAUACACAAUCCAUUCAGACCGAUCGAAGGGUUCCUAAUAGAUAUAAAAACCCGGAGCAAUAUGCAAAAUCCUGAGCGGUUGCGCCCACACAUUGAUAGCUUCAUUGACUCCACUUUCUACACGGAUGCCUGUCUUCUGCACACACCCUCGCAGAUUGCAUUGGCUGCCGUUCUUCACGCUGCCAGCAGGGAACAGGAGAAUCUUGAUAGCUAUGUGACGGAUCUUCUAUUCGUUUCCGCCAGAGAUAAGUUGCCCGGCCUCAUCGAUGCCGUGAGAAAAAUCCGUAUUAUGGUAAAGCAAUAUCAGCAACCUGAUCGGGACAAGGUUAAGGCCAUUGAAAAGAAGCUGGAUAAGUGCCGCAAUCAGGCAAACAAUCCGGAUAGCGAACUGUAUAAGGAGCGUUUGCGUCGAUUGUACACCGAUGAGGAUGACAUGCCUGCCGAAGAUGCCUCGUUCCACAUUGCCGAUGUGAGUUCGGAUACAUCUGCAAUGAAUAUAAGCCAAUAGUUUUAUAAAUAUUUACUAUCGUGAUUGAAGCUGUUAUAUUAUAUGGAUUUCAUGAUAUUAAAGUAUCACGGUUUAUUUAAUUUA